AUGGCGCAAGCGGCGCUGACGGCGCUGGACACGUGGACGGCGCGGGAUUGGCGGAAGGAGGAGCGCCGGUGGCGCGAAGAGCUGCGCCGGUGGCGCGCGGAUGACGUGGCGUUCCGCGCGGAGGAGAGGCGAUUCAAAGCAGAAGAGCGGAUGUUCCGCGCUGUGCGACACAGGUGGCGCGACGAGAUAAUGCAGCAGCGCCACGUGGACAACGCCAUGCACCUGUGGGAUCGUGUGGAGGGGAAAGCGGAGCGCUUGUAUCAACACUUGAAGGCCAUCGCGUGGCACCAACACCUCACUCCUCGUUGUUCAUCCUCCUUUCUCAACUCUCUUUCCCCACACUCUCUUUCCCCACACUCUCUUUCCCCACACUCUCUUUCCCCACACUCUCUUUCCCCUUCUUCCCCGGCCACUGGCACCGGCACCGAGGAGGAGUGCAACUGGCGAAGCGUGGAGGAGGCGGCGGAGCGGAGCACACGAGAGCCAUGGAGUGGCACACCAACACCCCACCCACUCCUCGUAGCUAAUCCCCCUUUCUUCCACUCUCUGCGCGCCAAUCCUCUCCGUGCCAUCUCUCCCCCGCCUCUCACCAGCACCAAGGAGUGCAACAGGCGCAGUGUGGAGGAGAAGGCGGAGCACAUGAGGGCCAUGGCGUGGGUGGCGGCUAUCGUGGGCGGAUUCACCAUGACUGCCCCCGUGGAGUUCACCUAUAGUGACCCCGAUGCUCCUAUGGCCCUGGUCACUGCAUACGCCCUCUGCACUGCUCUCGUGCCAUCACUGAUGGUGGUGGCAGCAAUGAUAGCAGUUUUUGUAUUAGGAGCAGUGCUGAGGAUGGGCAAGCUAUACGUGCACGAGAGGGAGGAGGAGGAGUUUCUCGCCUCUGCCCGCUACUUCGCACUCAACCGGGCGGCGGCGGGCGGCAACAGGACGACGAUCACCGCCCCACCAGCUUCCUUGAGGAGCUUCGACCGCUUCUGGGACCUCAGACCUCAGGUGUUCCGUUAUAAGACCUCAGCUUCCCCCUGCCACACUCCUAAAUUCACCUUCCCUCCCAUCCACCCCUCUUCCUCCCCACCCCGCACACCACUCGCACCCCCUGUGCAGGAAUCACAUUCUUCUUCCCUCUCCUCUCUACCAUGGCGUGAGUUCCACCCACCCAGGUCAUAA